GAGCCGCGCGCGGGAGCGCAGCCGCCGCCGCACCUUUUGGUCCCGCGCGGCGCCCCGUAGGAGGGAGGCGGGGGCCGGGGCCGGGGAGUGCCGUGGCCGUUGCCGGGUUGCAGGGAGCCUCGGGCAUGGCUCUGGGCGAGAUGGGUGGCGCGGCGCCCGAGCCAGAGGAUGGCAGGAGUCAGGAGCCGGGGGUCGCCACCACGAGAAGUGUCCUGGAGAGUUUCACGGAGAGCCAGGAGGUCAGGGGGCUCAUCGGUAACCUCAAGGGGGUCUUUGGGGACCUGGUGACUCGAGAAAUGGCCGUGGAAAAAUUCCUAGGUAUAAUGGACAAGUACCAGGAGCAACCUCACUUGUUGGAUCGCCACUUAGAAUGGAUGAUGAAUUCAUUGUUGGAUAUAGCACGAGACAAAGGAUCUCCUCCCCCUCUAGUUCACCUGGCUUUUAAAUUUCUUUACAUCAUUACAAAGGUGAGAGGGUACAAACUUUUCCUCCCACUGUUUCCUCAUGAAGUAGUUGAUCUACAGCCUGUUUUGGAUCUGCUUGUAGACCAGAAUCCAAAAGACUCUGAGACUUGGGAAACUCGUUACAUGCUUUUAUUAUGGCUCUCCAUGAUAUGCUUGAUUCCUUUUGAUCUGGCCCGUUUUGAUGGAAGUAUAAUUUCUGAGGAAGGGCAUGCUCGUAUGCCAACAAUGGAUCGCAUACUUAAAAUAGCAAAAUGUUACUUGGUUGUCAGUGAUAAGGCUCGAGAUGCAGCUGCUGUACUGGUUUCGAAAUUUAUUGUCCGCCCUGAUGUCAGGCAAAAAAGGAUGGCAGACUUCCUGGACUGGACACUUUCGAUGUUAUCUAAAUCCUCCUUCCAGACCAUGGAGGGGACUGUUGUUACGAAUGGCAUGCUCCAGGCCCUGGCACAGUUAUUUAAACAUGGCAAAAGAGAAGAUUGUUUACCAUAUGCUGCUACUGUACUUGAGUGUCUUGAUAACUGCAAGCUGUCAGAAAGCAAUCAGAUGGUUCUUCGCAAGCUAGGGAUGAAACUUGUUCAACGACUUGGACUGACAUUUGUGAAACCGAAGGUAGCAAAAUGGAGAUACCAGCGUGGCUGUCGCUCUCUGGCUGCCAAUCUGCAAGCUCAGGGUUCAGUUGUGCAGAAUCAAAUCAUACCAGUUGCUGAUGAUGAAGCUGCUGAUGAAGAGGAAUAUGACAUUCCAGGAGAGAUUGAAAAUGUUGUAGAGCAAUUGUUGGUUGGACUGAAAGACAAAGACACUAUUGUCAGGUGGUCUGCAGCAAAAGGAAUUGGUAGAAUAACUGGAAGACUUCCAAAAGAAUUAGCAGAUGACGUGAUUGGGUCUCUGUUGGACUGUUUUAGUUUCCAGGAAACAGACAAUGCAUGGCAUGGUGGAUGCCUGGCUCUGGCUGAAUUAGGCAGAAGAGGAUUGUUACUCCCUUCCCGAAUUUCAGAUGUUGUCCCUGUCAUUCUGAAAGCACUGACGUAUGAUGAGAAGAGGGGAGCAUGCAGCGUGGGCUCCAACGUGAGGGAUGCCGCGUGCUACGUGUGCUGGGCCUUUGCUCGUGCUUACGACCCUGCUGAGCUGAUACCGUUCAUUAACCAGAUUUCAAGUGCAUUGGUUAUUACUGCAGUAUUUGACCGUGAUGUUAAUUGCAGAAGAGCUGCUUCUGCUGCCUUCCAGGAGAAUGUUGGGAGACAGGGCACCUUUCCACAUGGCAUAGACAUUCUAACUGCAGCUGAUUAUUUCGCUGUUGGUAACAGAGUUAACUGUUAUCUGACUAUAAGUGUGUAUAUUGCUGGCUUUCCUGAGUAUACACAGCCAAUGAUUGAUCAUUUAGUUAACAUGAAGAUUAACCACUGGGAUAGUGUUAUUCGAGAACUUUCAACCAAAGCUCUGCAUAACCUUACUCCACGGGCUCCUGAAUACAUGGCAAAUGUGGUGUUGCCAAGACUUCUGCCUUUAUCAGUGGGCACAGAUCUGCAUACACGCCAUGGGGCAAUUCUUGCCUGCGCUGAGAUCACCCAUGCACUGUGUAAAUUAGCAGAAGAGAAUAACAGAUCUGUAACAUACUAUUUCAAUGAAAAGUCAUUGGAGGGACUUAAGCAAAUCCAUCAAGAGCUUUGCAGUCGUCAGUUGUACAGGGGUUUAGGUGGAGAACUGAUGAGACCAGCUGUCUGCACUUUAAUUGAAAAGUUGUCGCUAUCAAAAAUGCCAUUUAGAGGAGAUCCAAUAAUCGGUGGCUGGCAGUGGUUAAUAAACGACAGUCUAAGAAGCCUCCCUCUGGUUUCAAGCACUGCACGACAGCAUAUAAAGGAGUCGGCAGUCUCUGCACUGGCUGCGCUGUGUAACGAGUAUUACAUCAAUGAAAAGGGAGAAGCUGAUCCAGCUCUACAGGAUGAGCUGGUGACACAGUAUGUUUCAGAACUGCAAAACACAGAGGAAAUGAUUCGUUGUGGCUUUUCAAGAGCUCUUGGGGCCCUUCCAAGGUUUCUGCUAAAGGGCAGGCUCCAACAGGUUUUGGAAGGUUUGAAAAAAGUUACCUUAAUUUCACCUGCAGACGUGAGCUUUGCAGAAUCCAGGAGAGAUGCCUUAAUAGCAAUUGCAAAGGUUUGCCAGACAGUCGGUGUAAAGGGGGACGGAUCCCAGGAAGAAUAUGUCUGCAAAGAUAACAUUGCUCAGAUUUAUGCUACCCUGCUUAGUGGUGUGACUGACUACACCACAGACAGCCGAGGAGAUGUUGGAGGAUGGGUACGUGAAGCUGCUAUGACAAGCUUAAUGGAAGUGACGCUUCUGCUGGCUCAGAAUGAAGUGGAGUUAAUUAAUGCCAACGUCUGCAAACAGAUUAUGUGCUGGCUGGCUCAACAGUCAGCUGAAAAAAUAGAUAAAUUUCGAGCUCAUGCAGGCUCUGUGUUCCUUACUCUUUUACAUUUUGACCGUCCUCCAGUUCCACACAUACCUCAUCGAGAAGCGCUUGAAAGGAUAUUUCCAAGGUCAGAGAAGGAGACGCUAAACUGGAACGCUGCGUCCGAAGCUUUCCCUCGGAUCACCCAGCUGUUGGGUUUGCCAGCGUACCAGUACUACGUGCUUCUGGGUCUCUCGGUGUCUGUUGGUGGAUUAACAGAGACAACGCUCCGAUACUCUGCCCAGAGCCUGUUUGACUACAUGAAGAAAAUCCAGCACGAUUCCAGUGCUAUGGAGAGGUUUUGUGAGACGUUGCUAAAGGUCUUUGAGGACAACCUGCGGAAUGACCGGGUGUCUGUACCUCUCCUGACUAUGCUGGACCAAAUGCUGGCAAAUGGCUGUUUCGAUUUAUUUACCAACCAAGAGAACCACCCCUUUGCAGUGAAGUUAUUUUCCCUUUGUAAAGAAGAAAUCAAAAGAUCCAAAGAUGUCCGGAAGCUUCGCUCCAGCAUAGGAGUGUUUUGUGGCCUGAUUCAAUUUCAAGGAGACAUGAGAGAGAAAGUUUUCUUCCAGUUGUUUCUCCUCCUUUGCCAUCCGUUUCCUGUAGUCCGGAAGACAACGGCCAGUCAGGUUUACGAGAUGUUGAUAACCUACAGUGACGUGGUGGAUCCUGCCGUUAUGGAUGAGGUCAUGACUAUACUCAGCGAUACCAACUGGGAAGCUGAAUUGCCAGUAGUACGAGAGAAACGCAACUGCCUCUGUGAUCUCAUGAAAGUGCCCAAACCGCAGCUGGUAUCCAAGAGUUCAGUGUAAGGAAGUCGCAGGCGCUGCUUUGUCAGCUGAAGCUCGUGGCUCAGGUAGGACUGGAAGAGUUUGUGCUGCAGCAUCCUGACAAAGUGGAUUCUCGGCACGAGCUGUGAAGUGCACUGUUUGACAAAAUAAGAGGCAGAGAUUAUGUCUUAAAGCGGCACUGUACGAUGUGCCACAGGAAGGCAAGAUUCAUUGUUUUUAGUUUUUAACGUCAUUAUCUGUAGCCACGAGAUGGCGGUUUCUCUUCAUCCUGCUGUCACGACUGACCUGGGUUGUUUUUUUUUUGAUGUCGGUGAUUUGUACUUCUACAAGUCUGAAUGGAGCCGUUCAGCCUGUGCUUGCUGUACACACAUGAAGUAUUAAACCUGACUUGCUGCAUUAGUCUCUUGAAAGAAUUGUUUUUAGCGGUAAAAAUGGCAACACUGAGUGGUAAUUAAGUCUUCCUGAAUAUAGAAA